AUGGCCGGCUCAAUCAACAAGCCCAAGAAGCCCAAGUCCAAGCGGACGCCCGUCCGUCUUCGCCACAAGAUCCAGAAGGCAUCCGUCGCAAAGCAAAAGAAGGAGCGCAAGCUCGCAAAGAAGAACCCGGAAUGGCGAACGAAGCUCAAGAAGGACCCCGGCAUCCCUAACCUGUUCCCCUACAAGGAGAAGCUGCUCGCCGAGAUUGAGGAGAAACGCCUGAAGAAGGCCGAGGAGGCGCAGAAGCGAAAAGAGCUGGCCAAGGCUGCAAAGACGGGCGCCAAGGAUGAGGAGGUGAUGGAGGAUGUCGAUGAAAUGGAGGACGAGGAUAUGGAUGAGGACAUUGACGAGUCGAACCCCAUGGCUGCGCUUAUUGCCAGCGCUCGCGCUGCUGCGGCCAGCUAUGACCGACAACUGGCCGACGACGACAUGGACGAGGAUGACGAUAGCGGAGAGUCCGACAACGAGCGAGGCCCUGAAAUGUCAAUUGGCCAGGCCUCUUCGAGAAAGACCUACGACAAGGUCUUCAAGUCGGUGGUUGAGCAGGCCGACGUCGUCCUCUACGUCCUCGACGCCCGCGACCCAGAGGGCACACGCUCUCGUGAGGUCGAGCGCAGCAUCAUGGCCGCUGCGUCCGGCGGCAAGCGCCUCAUUCUCGUCAUCAACAAGGUCGACUUGAUCCCUCCCAAGGUCCUGCGAGACUGGCUCGUCUACCUUCGCCGCUACUUCCCGACCUUGCCUCUCCGGGCCUCCAACGCCGCUCCCAACGCCCACACCUUCAACCACCGUGACCUGACCGUCCAGAGCACAUCUGCCACGCUUUUCAAGGCCCUCAAGAGCUUUGCUGCUAGUCGUCAGCUCAAGCGCGCCGUGUCUGUUGGUGUCAUUGGCUAUCCCAACGUGGGUAAGAGCUCUGUUAUCAACGCUCUUCUCUCAAGGAUGAGUGGAAAGGGUAGCUCCUCUUCCAAGGCAUGCCCUGCUGGUGCCGAGGCUGGUGUGACGACGAGCAUCCGAUCUGUCAAGAUCGACAGCAAGCUUACUCUGCUCGACUCCCCUGGUGUCGUCUUCCCCUCUUCCUCCUCGACCCAGUCUGCCGGCCUCGUCUCACUCAAGAAUGCCACCGAGGCGCACGCCCACCUGAUCCUCCUCAAUGCUGUCCCACCCAAGCAGAUCGAUGAUCCUGUCCCUGCCGUCUCACUCCUCCUGCGACGUCUGUCAUCGUCUCCCGAGCUCAUGCAGAAGCUCACUGAUGUCUACGACAUUCCUGCCCUCCUCCCAGACCGCAAGGACGGCGACACCACAACCGACUUCCUCGUCCAAGUCGCCCGCAGGCGAGGCCGUCUCGGCCGUGGUGGAGUCCCCAACAUCAACGCCGCCGCCAUGACCGUCGUCACCGACUGGCGUGACGGCCGUAUCCAGGGCUGGGUCGAGCCCCCUGCUUUGGCUGUCGAGUCCAGCGCCGCGCCGUCCAAGCCGGCCCUGAAGAACGCCGGAGAGGAUGAGGUUGCCGCCGACCAGAAGCAGAUCGUUACCGAGUGGGCCGCCGAGUUCAAGCUCGAGGGUCUCUGGGGCGACGACGGCAACGCUGACAACGACGAUGCCAUGGAGCAGUAA